AUGGAGCUGGGAAAGGCAAAGCUGCUGAGAACUGGCCUCAAUGCUUUAUAUCAGGCCAUCCACCCUGUGCACGGAAUUGCCUGGACAGAUGGGAAGCAAGUGAUGCUGACUGCUUUAUACUAUCAAAACGGAGAGCUAAAGUUUGGAGACUCGAGCGUUGUUGGACAAUUUGAACAUGUUCAUGGGCUUUACUGGGGCCCAUGUUGCUCUACAGGCACCCCAGCUCUGCUCGCUGUUCAGCACAAAAAGCACGUAAGCAUUUGGCAGCUGGUCUACAGCACUGCAGAGAAGAAAAAACCCUUGAUUUCUCAGACUUGUGAAGUUGGUGAGCCGUUUCCACUGCUUUCCCAGGGCUGCGUCUGGCAUCCAAAGAAGGAGGUCUUGGCUGUGCUUACGAAACGAGAUGCUUCAGUCUUGCAUGCUGUUCGUACUGACAAUGCGCGAAUUAAGGCAGAUAUCAAAAGCACUGGGCACAUUCACUGUGCUUGCUGGACUAAGGAUGGUAAUCGCUUGGUAGUUGCUAUAGGCAGUGCCCUGCACUCCUACAUAUGGGAUAAUGCUCAGAAAACUCUAAAUAUCUGUUCCUUUUGUCCAGUCUUUGAUGUGGGUGGUUAUAUCUGCUCUAUAGAAGCCACACUGGAUUUCCAAAUUGCUGUAGCUACUGAGCUUCCUUUAGAUAAUAUCUGUGGUGUCAAUGCAGGCAUUGCAUUUGAUGUGCCAUCUGGUACAGAAACUGGCUCUCUAAUCUCACAGUCUGCUCUGGUGCUUGGUGAUGAGGAAUACUCCAUGGACAUGCGAAGAAAGUCCAUAGAUUCAGAUAGAUCAGGUGUUGAUUCAGUUAAUUCUUCUUUGUCAGGUCCUGUGGAUUUAACCCAUAUCCUUGCAAACCACCAUCGGUCUGAUCCCAGUCCUCUUACUACUCUGAAACACAAAGACUCUGUGGCAACAAAUGGUCAAGAUUCUUCUCACUUGAUCUUGGUGACUUUUGAGAGGAAGGUAACCACCACCAGAAAAGUCACCAUCCCAGGUAUUCUGGUUCCUGAUAUAAUGGCUUUUGACCUUAGAGCUCAGAUUGUGGCAGUAGCCUCUAACACUUCUAACAUUGUUUUGGUGUAUUCGGUAACCUCUUCCUGCAUGCCCCACAUUCAACAAAUCCAGCUGGAAAAAAAUGAAAGACCAAAGGGCCUAUGCUUUUUAACAGAUAAACUCUUAUUGAUUCUGAUUGGCAAGCAGAAGCUCCCUGAGCCUAAUCUCAUUCCAGCUUCAGCUUCAGAUAGGUAUGUAAUGCGUCUUAUGAUCAAAGAAUUGAUGCUGGAAGAAAAUUCUUCAGCAUUGCCUGAGACUAAGCAGAAUAUGUUUUAUAACUUUGAAUCCUCUGUUAAUAUACCUGGAAAAAGAAAGUUCUUUGAAAAUCUUGCUACAGAAGACCAAACUCAAAACAGGGAGCUGUUAAUACCAAGGACAGUUAUUCAAUCUCCAAGUGGCAGGAGGAGACUCAUCGAAGAAGUAAAGAGCCCUAGUUAUGAGCAGAGCUCUUCAUCAAGUGUGAGUGACCUGGAUGAAAAAAGGCUCCCAGGUGACUCCUCGGUGGCCUUGGAAACUUUGGAUGCAGAACCUACAAAUCGCUCAGUGUCUCUUCGUGGUUUUGGAACACCCACCAGGAUUUCCAACAGACCAACAUCCCCUAAAGUACAGUUCAGUGUGAUCCGAGAAGCAUCAAGUUCUCCUAAAAACAACAAUUUGCCAAGUGAAAGAGGAAUGACUCACAUAUCUAGAAAUUUGGAAAGACUUUGUGGCAGCUUCAAUGAGUUACAACUCAGUCUUUCUGAAAUAACAGACUUCACUAGAAAUGGGAGGAGGAUAUCUUUAGCCUAUCCAGGCUCACAGGAACCGCCUGUGGUUCAUAUCACCUACCAGAAAAGCUUUUCUAAUGGAUCAGUUACUGAAGAAACAAAAGAUGUUCUCCUCUGUGAUGGCAAGAUCCAUUUGAGUUUAGUCCAGCAGCUGUUCGAUCUGCCUGUUAUUGAAAUGAAACACGGCUCUUCUUGGAUUGUGCUCACUGCAGACAAGGAUGGCUUUGUGCCAUUAAUAUUCAAAGCCACACAAGAGAUAAUCAUAAGGGAUGGAACUGACAGUUCAGAAGUCUGUGGAGGUCACUCCUACCAAAAAAGUAACCCAAUGCGACCACCAAGCAGAGUGACAUAA